AUGUCCGAUGAACCAGUGGAAUUUCACGAGAAAUUUUUACAUGAGCCUAAUGGCAAUGACCCUAAUGCCGUGGAUUCAAACUCCUACCCGGAAGAUAUUGCUCGUGCGAUCACCAACCAGUCAGUCGAAAUACCAAUGAACUCGCUGCAUGAGUAUAUAUUCAUUGGCGUGGUGUGUGCUGCUCAAUUCAUGACCCAAGCAGGCCUUGCCCUUGCUAUAGUACCUCUUCACAUCAUUGGCGAUGGCUUCCACGUCACCAAUCCCGGGCAAUUAAGCUGGUAUGCUGCCGCAUACAGCCUAACGGUCGGUACCUUCAUUCUCAUUGCAGGAAGGCUAGGGGAUCUCUAUGGACAUAGACUCAUGUUCAUUGGUGGCUUUGCUUGGUUUGGCCUCUGGUCCAUUCUUGGAGGGUUUUCCGUAUGGUCAAACCAAAUAUUCUUCGACAUUUGCCGUGCAUUGCAAGGCAUUGGGCCAGCCUUCUUGCUACCGAAUGCGCUGGCUAUACUGGGACGCACAUACCCCCCUGGACCUCGAAAGGAUAUGGUCUUUAGUAUCUUUGGCGCGACUGCACCCGGGGGAUUUAAUGUUGGGGGUGCGUUCUCGGCUCUCUUAGCCGAGCGUGCUUGGUGGCCAUGGGGAUAUUGGAUCAUGGGAAUCGUUUGCAUUGCCUUUGCAGUAUUUGGCAUGCUGGUUAUACCCAAAUCACCAUCUCCCAAAUCAUCAGAUCAAACGCCAUGGUGGGUCAAAUGUGAUCUACUUGGGGGUUCACUCGGUAUCGCGGCGCUUAUUCUCAUUAAUUUCGCAUGGAAUCAAGGACCAAGUGUCGGCUGGGCGACCGUCUAUGUCUACGUUCUUUUGAUCGUUGGAUUCUUGUGUCUAGCACUAUUCUUAUGGAUCGAGUUGCAUGCAGCCUGUCCCUUACUACCCCGGGAGAUUUUCUCUGAGGAUGUUGCAUGGGUACUAGGCUGUAUAGCUGCCGGCUGGUCCAGCUUUGGAGUUGUGGUCUUUUAUUUCUUCCAAUUCAUGGAAGUCAUCAAAGGAGAGGCACCCCUGUUGGUGCUUGCGAAAUUUGCACCCUCGGCCGUGUCUGGUGCAAUCGCUGCAAUUGCAACCGGGUUUAUUUUAGCUCGGGUGCGCCCCAGUGUGAUCAUGUUGAUCGCUAUGCUUGCAUUUACGGGUGGUCAAAUCCUCUUAGCCACACUGCCUGUUCAUCAAACAUACUGGGCCCAGGCAUUUGUCAUUUCUAUAUUGACCCCGUGGGGCAUGGACAUGUCUUUUCCAUCUGGGACGAUUAUCCUCAGCAAUAACAUGCCACGGGAGCAUCAAGGUCUUGCUGCCUCACUCGUCAAUACCAUUGUGAACUAUUCCAUCUCGAUUGGACUUGGGCUUGCUGGAACUGUUGAAAGUCAGGUUAACCGUGGCGGCACCGAUACAUUGAGAGGUUAUCGGGGUGCAAGCUACAUGGGUAUUGGCCUCGCUGGUCUAGGGGUUGGUGUUGCGACCAUGUUCGUCAUUCGAAGCUUAACUCGGCGUGACAAGAUGGACUCUACUACCACAGAAGAUGGUUUAUGA